GGGCGGAGGGAGGGGAAGGCGGCUCCGCACAGCCAAGAUGGCGGCGGUGGAGCUGGAGUGGGUGCCCGAGACGCUCUACAACACGGCCAUCUCGGCCGUCGUGGACAGCUACGGGCGGGCGCGGCGCCGCGACAUCCGCUCGCUGCCCGAGAACAUCCAGUUCGACGUGUACUACAAGCUUUACCAACAGGGCCGCUUGUGCCAGCUGGGUAGUGAAUUUUGUGAACUAGAAGUCUUUGCAAAGGUGCUACGAGCUUUAGAUAAAAGACAUCUGCUCCAUCACUGUUUCCAGGCUCUGAUGGACCACGGAGUCAAGGUUGCUUCUGUCCUGGCCUAUUCCUUCAGCAGACGGUGCUCCUACAUUGCAGAGUCAGAUGCUGCUGUGAAAGAAAAAGCAAUCCAGAUUGGCUUUGUCUUAGGGGGGUUCCUGUCAGAUGCAGGCUGGUACAGUGAUGCUGAGAAGGUUUUCCUUUCCUGCCUUCAGCUGUGCACCCUCCACGAUGAAAUCCUUCACUGGUUCCGUGCUGUGGAGUGUUGUGUGAGGUUGCUGCACGUGCGGAACGGGAACUGCAAGUACCACCUGGGAGAGGAGACGUUCAAGCUGGCGCAGUCCUACAUGGACAAGCUGGCCAAGCACGGGCAGCAGGCCAACAAGGCGGCGCUGUACGGGGAGCUGUGCGCCCUGCUCUUCGCCAAGAGCCACUACGACGAGGCCUAUAAGUGGUGCAUAGAAGCCAUGAAGGAGAUCACAGUUGGGCUGCCUGUAAAGGUCGUGGUGGAUGUGCUACGACAAGCGUCAAAGGCCUGCGUGGUGAAACGGGAGUUCAAGAAGGCUGAGCAGCUCAUAAAGCACGCCGUGUACCUUGCCAGGGAGCACUUUGGAGCCAAGCACCCCAAAUACUCCGACACGCUACUAGACUACGGAUUUUACUUGCUCAACGUAGACAAUAUCUGCCAAUCUGUUGCCAUCUAUCAGACAGCGCUCGAUAUCCGGCAGUCAGUAUUUGGAGGUAAAAACAUCCAUGUAGCUACAGCUCAUGAAGAUUUGGCUUAUUCCUCAUAUGUUCACCAGUACAGCUCUGGGAAAUUUGACAAUGCACUAUUCCAUGCUGAACGUGCUAUUGGCAUUAUCACUCACAUUCUCCCAGAAGACCAUCUCCUCUUGGCCUCUUCAAAGAGAGUUAAAGCACUUAUCCUGGAGGAGAUUGCCAUAGACUGUCACAACAAGGAGACAGAGCAGAGGCUGCUCCAGGAGGCUCAUGACCUGCACCUCUCCUCGCUCCAGCUGGCUAAAAAAGCCUUCGGGGAGUUCAACGUGCAAACAGCCAAACACUACGGCAACCUGGGCAGACUGUAUCAGUCCAUGAGGAAGUUCAAGGAAGCGGAGGAAAUGCACAUCAAGGCCAUCCAGAUCAAGGAGCAGCUCCUAGGGCAGGAGGAUUAUGAAGUUGCCCUCUCCGUGGGCCAUCUCGCCUCCCUCUACAACUAUGACAUGAACCAGUAUGAAAAUGCUGAAAAGCUUUACCUGAGAUCCAUAGCAAUUGGAAAGAAGCUUUUUGGUGAAGGAUACAGUGGACUUGAAUACGAUUACAGAGGUCUCAUUAAACUGUACAAUUCCAUUGGCAAUUACGAGAAGGUGUUUGAGUACCACAACAUUUUGGCCAACUGGAACCGGUUGCGGGACCGGCAGUUCUCGGUCACGGAUGCGCUGGAGGACGUCAGCACCAGCCCCCAGUCCACGGAAGAAGUGGUCCAGUCCUUUCUGAUGUCUCAGAACCUCGAUGGACAGAGCAGCUAAGAACUUGGUCAAUUAACCAGUUAAGGUUUUUUCCCCCCAGGUUACAGGGGGAAAAGUCAUACUGUGAAAUCUAAACCAUGUAGUUCUCUGGGGGCUGGAAUUUGCAUUGAAACACUGGUCCAGUCUACUGAAGAGUGCCCAUACGGAUGAAUGUGUGUUAAAUUCCUCUCAGCAUGUGUAUGGCAUGUUUAGUUCGGCUCACAUUUUUAACUUGGUAUUCCCAAAAAAAAAAAAGAAACCACAAAACCCUUCUUUCAAAAGAAGCUACUUUGCAGAAAGUCUGCAAGAAAACAUUAAAUAAAACUGUUUGAGUUCAAAAGAGUUGCAUUCUUAUUACGGAUGGAAGGUUUCAUCGAGAGCUUUCUGCUGAUUCACAGAGAGAACAAAAGCUGUACUCUGAGGAGCUGUAGGAGAAGGGUCUUGCUGCUGUAUCACUGUAGCAAAGUUCGUGGUAAACAGCCAGCAAAGGGAGAUGUGCUGGCCUUGGCUGCUGCCUUACCAAGAAAAGUGGCAAAAACCCGCUCUGGAGAGCACCAUCGGCUCGCUGAGUGCCGCCUGUGCUGUUGUGGAUGCCCUGAACUGGACCAGUACAGAUCUCACAGACCAGCAACCACAGUGUCCUCGGUGCCACCACCAGUGCUCCCCCUGAGCAGGACCAGGACACCUCAGUGGACCAGCCUGCUAAAACCAGUUUUGGACCAGUGGCUUUAAUUUAAUAUUUCUGCCCCUGCAUUCACUUUGACAGUAGAACUCUCUCAUUUUAGGUGUCUGAUCAGUGCAAACGAUAUCCAUGUGAUAGAUCCAGAGCUAGGAAGUGAAUUGAUGGUUUGUCUGUCCCCAGUGAGCUUCUGCAGAGAUCCCUGGCGGUGCCACAGCUCCACACGCUCCACUCUGCUGCAGCCGCUCCUCCUUUCCUCUGCCAUGGGCUCUUCCUCUGCUCACGGAGGCCGUACCUUGUUUAUACCAGUGAAGAGAUUUGUAUUCUAAUCCAGUUCCAUUUUCUGUUUCUGGAGAACACAGCUCUACUGUACACUUCGCAGGGGUCAGUGGAAAAUGCCAAAAAGCACAACAGGUCUUUUUUUUUUUGUGAUGCUUCAUUUCUACAUUAAACAAGAGUACAACCAGAAACCGAUUCCUCACGUUACUUUACGAAGCAGAGCUCGGCUGUACAGACCCUCUGAGAAUGCCUCUCACGAGCUUGUCUUAAUUCUUCUUCUCUUGGGGGCUGCGUGCUUGUGUGGGGUCAGGUGUUGCUCUGGGCUUUGUUCCGUUUCCUAUCGUUGGGUGACAUUUGGAAGUCUGUGUAACACAAACUAGAAGCGACUCGCUGCCGUUACCUCAGCUCUGCCAGCGGCACCAGCAGUGCCCUGGGUCUGGCAUUCUGUGGAUUCUGUCAGUUUGGGGGUUCUCUCCCCUUCUUUUCAGGAUUUGUACCUUGGCCAGUCGCAGCUGGGGCUCGGCCAGCUCUUCUUGUGGGAUUGGGAGUUUUGUUUGGGGUCUGGAUUCUCAUUGGUUUAUGGGGUUUGUGGCAGGGAAAGGUGCUGGAUGAUCUUCAGGGAAGAAAUAGAGGUUUUGGAGGUGACUUAGAGCUUAAUGGCUCUUCCAAGAAAUGAAAUUUUACAGGCCAAUAGUUCAUAUUCUGGUGCCUUCAAGUGUUUUUUUGGGGGGGAAAGGCUGAGUAAUAUCAACUUUAAAAUGCAAUGAUAUAAUUAGUGAAUGCAGAUUAAUGAUUGCAUACUUAGAAUAUCUUUACUGAGGUGAAAAGAAGUAUUUGCAUAAACCCCCCUGUGGUAUUAGGACUUAACUGCAGUGUGUCUGCAGCAGCUGCUCAGUGAAAAUCCAACUUAGUUAUGUGUGGAUUUAAAAUGUGAUUUAUUUAUAGCAGUUUUUGUUUAUGACUGUGUAGGAGCUACAGACAAAUUCAGCUAUACAAGGUAAAACCUUCUUCUCCCUGAAUGCCCAUGGCACUGACAAGUUAAAAAAUUCUUAUGAGUUCUUAAGUCCUGUUAAAAGUUAUUUAAAGUUAAACAAAAUACAGAACAGUGUCAGAACUUGGGCAGGAAAGCAGCUUAAAGUUGUCCUAAAGAACCUGAGUGAUUCUGUACUGCAGAAGUGUUAAAUGUCCCAGCUGGGUACGUGGGUUUACCCUGGCGUGGGCUGGAGAUCCUUUAUCCACUCCGUGCUCCCAGUCUUGGGUCUCCAGCUUUCGGCUAAGAAAUCCCAAAGGUCUCGAGGUUGUGUUUGGGAUGAGGAGCAUUAUUUGAGUGACACCAGCCUGUGGCCUGCACUGACACUGCUCUUGUUCCAGCCCUGCUUGUGUCCCUGGUCAUGGUUUGCCUUCAGGGCAGCCUGGGGAGGAGCCGUGCCUGGUACCCAAAGGCCUCCCUGCAGUGUCUGUGGGUGGCUGCAGUCUCAGCUCUGGGGGCUGUUCCUGUGUUCUUUCCUCAGCUGCUCCAUCAGCAGCGUCGCCUGGGCUGGGAGGGAGGAAGGUCCUAAAGCUGCCUGGGAAUUCCUUUGGUAGAGGGCUUGGCCCGGGGGCUGUUGUGAUCCUUGAGGGCUCCAGUGCCUGCAGGGAAUCCUGGCUGGGGCUGAGCUGCUCCUGCAGCGCCCCUGCAGCUCCAUGCUGCCAGGGUGGCUCUGGCUGACCAUGGACACUGCUGGAGCCUGGGGGGUUGGCAGGGCCUGGCUCUGCUGCCCCUGCUCAGGACCUGCUUUGGGGCUGGGGCAGCACAGAACUGACCCUGAGGGGCUUUGGUUCUGUGUUGGCACCUGGAGCCUGUCUGGGAUGCUGUGCUGCUGCUCUUUGUGGUGCUCUCUCUGCUCUUACGGUUUGUUUGAUGCUUUUGAGGAGUGGGAAGCUGCUGGGAUGGUGCCAGAGGCAGGUAAAGGAUCAGUUGGGGUGGAUCUUGUAGCUUAGCUCCAGUCCUGCCCCGGGCAGAGCUGAGAGCAGCGGCUGCAGUCCCCUCUGUUCUCCCCCUGUGGGGUUUUCCAGCACCCCGUGGUUCCCCUCUCCCCUCCUGCCGUAGCACAGCCGGGUCAGUACCGGGGUGGGGGCCUGGCACGGUGGAACAUCCAUCCAGGAAUUGAUGGUUUGCGUUUCUAGGCGCACAACACACCCACGCGGGGCUGUUGGGGGCUGGCAGUGAAAGGGGAGACCUGGGAGUGGAAAUCCUGUGAAAUGCAUCUUUUCUGUGAAGGUGAGUAAAGGAAUCACUCCAGAGCCACUGGGUGCAAGGGGUGAGCACAGGUGUCACCUUAAGGUAAAUUAUUUUCACUAUUGAUCAAGUUAAACCCUCAAUAUUUUAUUUUCAGUGCGACAUUGUUUGGAUCACUGAGGGGGGAGUUUGCUCGGGCUGCCGCUGCUGCUUCUCAUGGUACAAAAUGCACAUUGAAGUUCAUUCCCUUUUUCAGUCCCAAGUGUGGGAGCGCACAGUAAGGAAAACUGCCCGUGUUUUGGCACGGUUGGCAGAACCUCCCUGGGGUGAUGUGGAUGGGCUGGACUCGGGCUGGCAGCGCGGGGCAGGUGCUGCUGGGCCCAACCUGUCAGCAGAUCCUUCCUUCUGCUGCCUCUGCAGAACAUGAUUUUACCUGGAAGUCCUCGUUCCCUUCUAAGAAAACUCCUGGCCAGUGUCAGUUCAAAGCUGCCUCUGCGCUCUGGGGUGUGUUUGACACUCCUUGUGCCACUGGGCCUCGGGAGCGCUGCGGGGAGAAGUGGGGAAAAUUCCUUUAUCUAGAAAUGAACUCCAAUACCUACAAAGAAUUGGCAGCACUGGGAAUCUUUUGUCCCUAAGUCUCAGGAACGUUUUGGGCAGUGACACAGGUGUCCCUGGGUGGUGUAAAGUGUGUGCUCUAGGGUCUUGUAUUCCACUACUCCUUGCAAUCCUCGGUAUCUAUAGCAUGAGUGGCCUUAGUGAGUUUGUUGAAGUGCACAUUUUUUUUUUUCUUUUCAAAAGUAAAUUUUAAGAUGGAAAAGAUAUAUACUAUAUAAAUAUAUAGAGAUAUUUAGAAACUUGGUUUGUGGUGCACCAGUUCAGUGUUGGAUCGCUAAAUACUCGUCGCAGGUACCAUAUGUGUAACUUUUCUUUUCUGUAUAUUCCUUUCUGGGAAGCAAUGUUGCCAUGGUAACUACAACUUUACAAUUUCUUUACUACUUAAUGAUGUGAAUGAAUUCUACAUUUUAUUGAAUAUUACCAGGUUCAGUACUAUUUUUAUACUUUAUUGAACUACAGGGGAUUUUAAUUUAAUAGCAUUAAAAAAAAAGAAAAAAAGAUGUUGCUUGAACUGUAUAACUGUAUAAAUUGAACUACUUACACAAACCCACCUCUAAACCAGAAUCUCCACCUGUAGUGCCACGUUCAUUUCUAUGAAAGCAUCUUGCUCAUUACUAGACCCUGCAGCCCCUCUCCCUGUGGUGUCAGGACAAAGGUUUCGUACCCCACUUCUCCCCGCCAUCCUUUGUGCCCACGGAGCCAUCCUAUGUUUGUAACCAGCAUUGUGAUAUUCUGUAACUGUAUUGCUCAGAUGAAAUAUUGACCUAAUAAAUAGAGUGUUCCCGCA